UCAGCGCUGAGCCUGCUGCUGUGCGCACGCGAGAGAGUCAACCUGGAUAGGAUGAAGACGCGUAGCCCGCGUGGAAACCGCACGGGUUAGUUUACACCGGCGAACUCCACUCGCGCGUCAGCAAGACUUUUUACAAUUGUCGUCACAUUCUGCUCGCUGGACAACAUUUAGCCGCACGCGCGCAAAAUCCGAACAUCUAUUUCCCUUAUCCGCGCCCAGUGACGCCUCCUCGCUGUCAUGUAGGGGCUUCAUGUGAACGCAUUAGCCUACUGUUGACCGAUGGGACACAAACAGAGGUUCACUCUCGGUGUGAGGAGGCAACGCGAAGAGGAUCUGCCGUGUUUACAAGGAACGAAUCAAUUUGGAAAAGAAACGGAGCAAAUAGUGGCAGCACUCUCGGAAAAGUUCAGUUCCAGCCGCAGGGGAGCAGGUUGAAACGCUUAUCAUAUCUAACAGGAACACUGAGUGUUGCGCGUGACUGAUAUCGCGUCUGAAUAAACCGUUUACACCUGCUUCCGAGGACAUUAAGAAAUCAAACCGGACAGAAGACUAUUUACCGAGGAUAUAGUGUACAUUUGAAUCCCUAAAUAAUAAGGAUAUAUCGCCUGUAUUAAUAAUAACUCAUCUGGAACUGGGUGAAAAUGAGGCAGCGACUCAAAUGCGCGCAAAAUUCACCCGUUUAUUUCCAGUUGUAGGUGCUGCCCUGACCAUCCUUCGGGUGCAUAUCUGUUGUUUUUUAAACAGGUCUGUCACCCCGCAGCGGAGCAUCCGGACAGCUGCAUCUGGAGCAAAGGAGCGCUGUGCUGUUUGACGGUUUCUGCAGAAAAACACUGGAGCAAUGAGUCGCAUCCUCCAUCCUCAGGUGUUGACCAUCUGGAUUACGCUAAUCUCCAGGGCAACAGCUGACCUGACCUGCGAAGCUCUGCUCCUGCUCUCCACAAAUCCUACAGCUCGCACUUUGAUCCUGUGGAAUCAGACAUCUAGUCCCACCAACUCUACAGGUUUGUUCUGUAACACUUCGAUUGAUGGCAUUGGGACAUGCUGGCCCAGGAGCAGUGCUGGAGAAGUGGUGUCCCGCCCCUGUCCGGAGACCUUCCUCGGAGUCCGAUACAACACCACCAGUAAGUGCGUGCUAAGAUUGCUAAACCCUCAUGCUCUCUCAACACAAGAAGGCACUCUACAGAGGAAAGUGCAACAAGAGGGCAUCAACAAUGCAUCUGCCAUUGCCUACAAGCUCCCUGUGGGAUGCCAGAUAUCUGCAGGACAUCAGUCUCUCAUCUUCCUAAUGUGUUUCUAUGUGUGUCUGUCCCUUGUGAUCUUUCAGAAGAAGAGCAAGCUGCAUUACCACAUUGCAGUCAUCAUAAACUACCUGGGACACUGUAUCUCUCUGGGAGCCCUGCUGAUCGCGUUCAUCCUCUUCAUGAGGCUCAGGAGUAUCCGGUGUCUGAGAAAUAUCAUCCACUGGAACCUGAUUACAGCAUUUAUCCUACGAAAUGCCACCUGGUUCGUGGUGCAGCUCACCAUGAACCCAGAGGUGCAUGAGAGCAAUGUGAUAUGGUGCAGGCUGGUCACAGCAGCAUAUAAUUAUUUCCAUGUGACCAACUUCUUCUGGAUGUUUGGAGAGGGCUGCUAUCUGCACACAGCCAUAGUACUGACAUACUCCACCGACAAACUGAGGAAAUGGAUGUUUAUCUGUAUAGGCUGGUGUAUUCCAUUCCCCAUUAUCGUUGCAUGGGCCAUUGGCAAGCUGUAUUAUGACAAUGAAAAGUGCUGGUUUGGGAAGCGGGCCGGCAUUUACACUGAUUAUAUUUAUCAGGGUCCCAUGAUCCUGGUCCUACUGAUUAACUUCAUUUUUCUCUUCAACAUUGUGAGGAUACUGAUGACUAAACUGAGGGCCUCCACCACCUCAGAGACCAUUCAGUACAGGAAAGCAGUAAAGGCCACACUGGUUCUUCUGCCACUGCUGGGCAUCACAUACAUGCUGUUCUUCGUCAACCCUGGCGAGGAUGAGAUCUCACAGAUUGUCUUCAUCUACUUCAACUCUUUCCUAGAGUCCUUUCAGGGCUUUUUUGUGUCAGUGUUCUACUGCUUUUUGAACAGUGAGGUACGUUCAGCUGUUCGUAAGCGGUGGCAUCGCUGGCAGGAUAAGCACUCCAUUCGGGCGCGGGUGGCACGGGCCAUGUCUAUUCCCACCUCUCCAACACGGGUCAGUUUCCACAGCAUCAAGCAGUCGUCGGCCAUCUGACCAUAACCAAAGCGAAGCAUCCGUCCCCGUUUCUUCUGCUCCUGCUCUUUCUGUCCUCAGCUAACUAUCCACGUCCUCUGCAAAACCCAGGGAUAACAGCUAUGGGUCAAACAGGGUAUGAUCCUCAGCUGAAACACAGAUGAAGGGUGGCAAUGUACACAGAUUAUGAGGUCCACCUGCCAAACACAGAGGAAAAAACUGUUUUAGAAACAGAUUAGAGCAUUGGUGGUCUCAGACAGCGAUGGGUGACCGUGGGAGGAACCUGACACACACACACACAAAGUUGAUAAAUACUGGCAGAGCGUAUUUUUUCAAGAGACAAUAGAGUUAAAUGUUGCAUCCUCUCCUCCUGAUCUCGAGUCUUCUCUGAUUGGAGAGCUCAGUUUAUUCCUAACUUGUUUCCAGAACUAUCGGAGUUGGAUAAAAUGGAAUAUACACUACAUGGCCAAAAGUAUUGCGAUUGUGAGCCAUACAUGCGUCUGAAUGGGACCAAAUCCAUAUUCCUACAUCAAUUGGAAACCUUCCCAGAAGAGUGGAAGC